UUCACAAUUAUGUUGUCAAAAGCUCCUCUGACGUUGUUUCCUGUCCAGCUACUUCUUCAUUGGUGUACACUGCAGAUUCUGUACUGAAGAUUUAGUAGGAGGUUUAGAGGAAAACACAGAGAGAGAGAGAGAAUGGAAGAGGCAAUCUAUAAUAACGUGAGCAGCGUUGAGCUGAGUGAAGCAGACAGAGGAGAGAGAGUGGAGAAGACGGUGGAGAUUUAUAUGAGUGCAGACGCUGUUAGAGCUCAGGAGACCAACAUACAGAGGGAGACAACAACUCAGCAGACAGACGUCAGAACAGGAAUCAGAUGUUCCAGACUGGCUGUGGUGUGUGUGGGGCUGCUGUGUGUUCUCCUGCUGACCACCAACAUAGUGCUGUACAUGUACUAUAUCAGGGACCAAACCAUCAUUGCAAAUUUCACUGCAGGGAGAGAAACUCUCUUAUCCAGUAUCAGAAACCUGACUGAAGAAAGAGACCAGCUAAAGAGCAGCUACCAGAAUCUGACAGAGGACAAUCACAUCUUACAGACCAAAUAUGCUCAUUUAGUGAAGCUGACUGGGAAAAGCUGGUUUAAAGAACUGAAGACUUUUGGAAGCAGCUUUUACUUUUUCUUCACUGAGAAGAAGAGCUGGAGUGAGAGCAGACAGGACUGCACAGAGGGAGGAGCAGAUCUGGUGAUCAUAAAUAGCAAAGAGGAACAGAUGUUCCUCAUUGACCAAAAGAAAGAGAGAAAUUUCUGGAUUGGUCUGACUGAUGAAGUGACAGAAAAUACAUGGAAGUGGGUGGACGGCCAACCGCUGACUGACAAAUUCUGGAGGAAGGGUGAACCCAACAAUGGUGGUGGUGAGGAGGACUGUGCUAUUUUCACCACUGCAGUCGGUCAGCAAACAUGGAAUGAUCUUUCCUGUUCAGGGAAAGAAAACUGGAUGUACACUGCAGUCUGUGUAGUGAAGAAGGUUGUAGUUUAUAUACGGUAUGUCACAGUGAGAAUGGUGGAGGGAAUGUAUGCUGGUGUGGGCAGCUUUAAGCUGAGUGAGAUGGACUCAGAGGAGAUGACAGUGGUCAUUUAUUUCAGUAAAGAUAUUGUUGGAGCUCAGAAUACCAGCAUAGAAACACAGGACACCAACACACAGACAGAGACGAAGACACAGAAGAGUACAGGGAGAGAGACCCUCUUAUCCAGUAUCAGAAACCUGACUGAAGAAAGAGACCAGCUAAAGAGCAGCUACCAGAAUCUGACAGAGGACGAUCACAUCUUACAGACCAAAUAUGAUCAUUUAGUGAAGCUGAUUGAAUUGAAGACUUUUGGAAGCAGUUUUUGCUUUUUCUCUACCGAGCAGAAGAGCUGGAGUGAGAGCAGACAGGACUGCAGAGAGAGAGGAGCAGAUCUGGUGAUCAUAAACAGCAGAGAGGAACAGAUGUUCCUCAUUGACCAAAAGAAAGAGAAGAGUUUCUGGAUUGGUCUGACUGAUAAAGAGACAGAAAACACAUGGAAGUGGGUGGACGGCCAACCUCUGACUGACAAAUUCUGGAGGCCAAGAGAACCCAACAAUGGUGGUGGUGGUGGUGAUGAGGACUGUGCUGUUUUCACCCAUGCAGACAAUGACGGUCAACAAACAUGGAAUGAUCUUUCCUGCUCAGGGACAGAAAACUGGAUGUGUGAAUUCAAACUGACAAACUUCCACUUGAAUAUUUCAACUUAACACCUUUAGAUUUUCACUGAUAAUCUUGGGAUAAAGGCAUAAUUAGAUACUUUAGAAGCUGUUGAGCUGAAAUUUAGAGGAUACAGGACCUGAGUGUUAUUUUGACACAAAUCAUAAUUCUAAAUGAGAACCAACAGAUGUUAAACAGAUGCUUAUU